GUGAAAGAUUUCUUUCCCAAGUUCAAUCAUCAGCUGCGUAGUCCCUUACAAUUGAAAGCACUGAAGACUACUAACCCCGUAGUUUUGUUGAGGUGCAUGCUUCGGUUGGGCUCGCUACAAAUCUAUCUCUGUGUGUGUCAUAUGCGAUUGCGAUCGUCAUGUCUUACUCUUAGAUGUCCUCUCCAUUGUCCACCUGAUGAUCAUAGAAGAUGAGAGGACCAAAACCAAUUGAAGCUCAUGCUAUUCUGACUACGCAAGAAAACGCAAAGUAGAGGCUGGAAAGUUUCAUCCUCGUCGUGUGUGUGAAAUUCGACGUAUGAAUUUCCAUAGAGAGAGCUCUAAUAUCUUACCCAUUUUUCCUUUGAAAGGAAAAAGUGCACUCACACUCAAAAAGUGGCUCCUUUCCCACUUGCCAAUUUGUUGAGUGUGAGUGCACUUGUUCCUUCCAUAAUUCCUUGUUCCCUGGACCCUUAAUUUUCCCACUCUAUGCCUGCAACAUCAACCGAAAAACAAAAUUUCAGUUAUUCGUAUGAACUACAUGUUGACAUAGCGUUUCAUCUUACGAAGACUCCGAUGCUGUUCAUGAUAGAUUGUAUGUUGCCUGACAAUUAUUUAUACCCUCAUCAUCAUUUUUUGGUGCGAAUAUCUAGAAGAACAAAAAAAUGAAGAAAUCGAAUUCGAGUCUUCUGAAGACUGCGAAUUCGACUGGCACAAUGAAGACUGCGAAAACCUCCGCGAUGCGGAUGAUCGCGAAAAGCGUCGUGCAGCGAGGAGUGUCAAAAACGGCCAUGAAGAGCAGUUGUAUGAAAACUACACAAGAAAUAAAGCGGGGAGAGCACCACCGCAUGAAAACCAAGAGCAGUACUACUUCUACGAAGAAGCAGGUAGUUUCUACGAGGAGUACAACCACAAAAGCAAACACAGGAAUGAAGGCAACUCCAAAACGAGCUGCUUCAUCGUCCUCUACUACGAAGCAGUCAAAGGCAUCAUCCUCUUCUUCUCCUAUUAGUGCUCCAGUUGACUGUGGUUGGGCAGGUUUCUAUGCACAAGCUGACUCUGCUGCUUACCGAGAAUAUCAUGCCUCUGAAUGGGGUAGACCUUGCAACGCGCUGCAGGAUUUGCGUGGGUACGAUCAGUUCCUGUUUGAGAUGCUGGUGUUGGAACUGAACCAAGCAGGUUUAUCUUGGGCAACGAUAUUGAAUAAGCGGUCUGCCUAUCGUAAGGCGUUUUGCGGGUUUCAUAUUGAGAAUUAUGGCUAUUCAAGAUGGUGCCAAAUCGAUGAAUAGUUAGCAUAUCGUUGCAGACCGUGAUGAACAUGAUGAUCAACAUUCCUACAGAAUCAAUUAGAGGACUAUCUUAGUAGACCAUGAAAAUGAUGAUCAACAUUCCUACAGAACAAUCAAGUAGAGGACUGUCUUAGACUUAGUAGACCAUGAACCUGAUGAUUCUUGUAGGUAUUAAGGCGCUUGUAGUGCUAGAACGUGAAGAAUCAGUCUAUGUAGACCAUUCUACAUAAUCAACUUUGUAGAGGAUGAACAUGAAGAGUCAACGUCUAGAGGACUGCCUAUGCUACUGCUUGAAAAGUCGAAAUUUUUGUCAAGGUGCGCUGGAUUAUAUGGCAAGAACAAAUCUAAGAAUAAGUAUCGAAAUUCACGGAAGCGGACGUCUUGCGCUUGCUCGAACAAAAACCUGGCAUCACACCAGCUUCAACUAUCGUCCGCAAUAGGAAGAAAAUCGAAGCUGCAAUAGCGAACGCGAGCGUAGUUCUACGUUUGCAGGAACAACACGGAAGUUUUUGCGCCUAUCUGUGGAAGAUGCUUUCUUACUGUUCUCGUGUUCCCAUGCUCGACGUAGGGAACAAAUCUUGUUCUUUACCGAGAACAACAUCAUGCUCAUCGCCAAAGACCACGCUUUCUCUACAGCCCAUCAUUGGACAUUGCCGCUCUUUAAAAGACAUUCCUAGCACGACUCCUUUAUCCGAUUGUCUGGCGAAGGAGUUGAAGAAGGAAGGCAUGAAGUUCCUGGGCAGCGCAGUCGUGUAUGCGUUUUUACAGUUAAGAUGAACAAUUCUUUACAGUUAUAAUUAUGAUCUUGUUACUUCUUGCUGUCUCUGUUAAGUUUGUUGAGUACAACUAUGUAUUUAUUAUGAAUUCUUUUCCACCUGCUCUCUGUCUCUUUAUUCUCCUUUUAGUAGAAAGAAGAAAGUAGUUGCAAACGCAAAGGUAUAGAUACUACUCGUAUAAUUAUAAGACCUUUCAAAGAAAAAUAGGUUGAGGUGCUUUUUCUUAGUGAGAGCCCCGCUUCUAAUUUCUGGCACUGGGUUUGUCAACGACCAUCUGGUUACCUGUCCCGUUUACAAAGAACUUGUUGCUACUUCUGCUGCGAGAUAG